CACCCAUAUAACAUCAGAGGGUCUAUAUCUAUAAUUAUAAUUUAUUUAAAUAUGCACUUGACGUAAAUCUGGUGUUCGUGAUUUUACCCAAUCGGGAGCUUAAACGUCCCCAUAGUGACGUCACUGUAGCAACAUAUGCGUUUUCGAUUGGAUGAAACUGCAACACCUGAUUGAGGUCAAGAGCACGACUAAAUAAAUCGUAUUGUACAUGGGUUGUUGGUCCAGUGCGGCGCUGUGUUGUGCUUGAGCCGUGGCACGUGUUCGCUUCGUCCGCUUGUGUUUACACUCUAGAAGCGAAUCGUGGAAGUAGGAGUGGGUGUAGAGGAGAGCGAGAUGAGGAUAUGAAAGCAAAUGAAAUAAAUGCUUGAUCGACGUGUUACGCCUAACCUUGAUAAAGCAGUAUCUCACUGUUAAGAUAAACAACGAACACAUGAGCACUUCGGCAAGAGGCAAGGCCAGUAGUUAACUCAGUCUAAGAGAUGUCUCGGUUAGGAUCACAUUCAUUCGUUAGGCUUUUAAAAUGCAAUGUUCGCAGUGUUAGAAUAUGUGGUGGUCAACGUUUUAAAUCGAAUGAACCCUCAGAGUUUGAGAAUCCAGUAUCGAGGACUAUUAGAGUACUUAAGGGCGAUGUUAAAAAUUAUUUUUCCCUCCCUGAGGGAGAAAAAACAUUUCGGAAACAACAUUUUCUAUCGGGCCAUUGCGACGUACUUGUAAUAGGUGGUGGAAUAAUGGGUUCUUCCAUAGCAUAUUGGUUAAAACAGAGGGCGCGCCAAGGGCUUCAUGUGGUCGUUGUUGAGAAAGAUCCAACGGUAAUACCCAAUAAUGUUCCUUGCGUAAGGACUCCAAUUAUUACACUUUCAUUCAUUAAACACAUUAAUAGAGGUUAUAUUUGGGUUUCUGUUUUGCAGUACACGUCUGCAUCUACUGUUCUGUCAGUAGGAGGAAUACGCCAACAAUUCUCAGUACCUGAAAGUAUACAAAUGUCACUGUUUGGAGCUGAAUUUCUGCGAAAUGUCAAAAAACAUCUUUAUGUUGAAGGGCAUGAUCCUCCUGAUGUUCAAUUUACACCAACUGGUUAUUUAUUUUUGGCCACUGAGAAAGGUGCAACACAAUUAGAGGAAAAUUAUAAACUUCAACAGUAUUCAACAUGGACCAGCUGUUGGGCGUGCAGUAAUGGAGAUGAUUGUUGAUGGUGGUUUUAAAACAAUUGACCUCAGUAGAUUGAGUUUUGAUCGAAUUAUUACUGGAAACCCUAUUUUAGAAAAUAAUAUAUGGUAAAGUUGUCAUUAGUAUAAAUAAACAUUGUAUAAAAUUGUUUGUUUCAUUGCACUAAUGGAAAAGAACCUGUAGUUUUCUCGUUUUUAUCACUAACGGCAAUGCUUUGCUAUUGCAAUGUAUAACACUUCACACGCUACUGGUCAUGUGAUUGCAAUGUGUGCUCUGCAAAAAUUGUAACAGAUGAAAGAGUUUCUUGCGAGUAUGGAUUUGUUGUAUGUUCUAAAUUGGACAUGGUUGUGAAGUAUCCUGUUGUUAAAACGUUCUCCCUGAAUUUUGGGUAUGCAUUCGCUAUGACACUCUCUUGGCAUUUUUUAUAUACCGUUUAUGUAAUAAUUCCAGCUGAUAUUUCACAAUCGCAGUGGCAGAAUAUGCAACAAAGCAGUGCUUAAUACUUGAGGAUGCGGCAAGCUUCUAUUCAGGCAUGCUUGAAUCAGCAUAAAUGCAUAAAUCAUCAAUAUUGCCCUCAUUCUGAAUCUGUGGAUGACAGACA